UACAAUGUAGGUUCUCAGGCAAAUUCAUUUUAAAUUGGAGUUGAUUUUUUUUUUUUAAAUUCACAAGUCUAAAUACUUAGUCUUUUAGAUCCUAGAGAUGGAUAAAGUUAAAUAGCUCUUUAAAGAACAGCACUGCAUGGAAAAUAACUAGGUUUGCCCUGCUAAGUUUAGCAUAUAAAGCUCUUUCCUGAAUGGCUCCUUUGUCAACUCCAACCUGGAGGAGUUCAAUUCCCUUUUAUUUGGCGAAUUCCUUAAUUGGAUUUUGUUUGCCGAUCUGACUUUCUCACAUUGUAAGGUUUUAAUAAAUCAUUAUAAUCAUUCCUUUAUGUCUUGCAAAAGUAACCUUUCUGACAGUUCCCGAAAGAUUUUGUUCCCCCUGUGUUUGCAUCAUGGGAUUAUUAGUGUAGCUUACAAAUGAAUCAGAAAAGGGCUGUGCCGCUGGAGAUAUAUUUCCAUCAUUUCCCAGGCGUGAACUCGGAGAGUGAUAACCAGGAACCUGUGAGGUCACGCUCGGCUGGGAGGGCACAGCAGGUCUUGGCAUAUUAUCUCCUGUCUGGAUUAUUGAUGAGAUCUACCGCGUGGAAACAGGGGAGAGAUCUCCUCUCUGUUGGGUUAUUAAAGUCUCUGCGGGAAGCAGGUUUAUUUGUGAUAUAUGUACACUGUGGCUUCUGAUGCCUUGUCUGCUUAGAUUCUUCUGUGUCAGUUAUUGUUGAUGCCUGAGUAAGGAAAAGCCAUUUAUUUUGUUUAACUGUUGUGCUGGGGCCACGUCAGGCUCAAAAUAUACCUCUUUUAAGAACCGUCCAUGACCGACCUCCUCUUGCAAGCUUCAAGGACUUGCUCAGUUACUCAGGUUCCGUCCAGUCUCUUUCUCACUCAUCGUUCUCCAAGCCAUAUCCUCAAUAGACACAGGGAACACUGGGCCCUUUCUGUUCCUGGGCAACCUUCACAGUCCUCUCUUGUGGGUGGAGCUUUGGGAAGUUGGGGUUAUCUUAGGGGGUGUGCAGUUACAGUAUUUUGCUGAUCGGACUCGUGGUUUAUUUGGCAAUUCAGUGUCCUCUUAAGAUGUUCAGGGCAACGUGUUUCCAGGGUGCUCCACGUGUGAGUAGCAAAGCCCAAGAUCACAACCUGGACAUAGGAGUAAUUUUCAAGUCAGAAAACCUCACUUUCCUGUUCCUCUCCCUGCCCCAUACUAAAGGCAGCCAUCUUGACACCAUAUUGGAAAGCAGGCGUGGGUGGGAAGUUGCUCUCCCCAUCUAAGUCUCCCCAUGGGCUCAUUCCCUUUUUUGGUGAGAACUCAGUGGGAAGUCUUGAAAAACAAACAAAACAAAAAGCCUUGAAUCUUCAAAACUUUUCCCUUUGUAAUUUUUCCUAUUGUGAUUUUUUUCUCCCUACUGGUAGUAAGAGAUUAAUUCAACAUGGACUGGAGACCUUAUUUUAUUCCUCUUCUUUGUACCUACAUGGUCUAACCACAAACCUAAUUUACAGUCCACUUAGGUAUGGAUUACACAUUGAAUUGUGUGAGCCUAUGUAGGUAAAUACUUGGAAAUAUUCCUGAGAGCAAAAUUAUGAAACAAAGUACCUAAAACCUAUAGAGAUAAAGACUUCACUGGAGGAAGAAGGUAAGUGUUUUAAAGUAGGAGCUAUUUGAGUUUUGAUGCCAGAUCUGCCGGGCAAGCCUAAAGUCCCAGCAUGUGUGAUGUUUUUAAUUUUGUUCCCUAACGGGGCCAGGCACCCUCCCUGAGGCUGUUUGUGGAAGCCUCUAGAAGUCCCCUGGCUGCAGAGUGACGCCAGCUCUCCCAAGGACCCAGGGGAAGCUGCUGCCGCUGCUGUUUCUGUCUCUGCCUUUCUUUGCUCAAAAGUUGGCAAAUGCUGGUCACGUCGUGGGUCUAUUUAUAGUACGCACACGUCUAAGCACCUUGUUCUUUUCUUAGCAUCAGCUUGACAUGCUAUCAAUUAUCCAUGAGGUGAAUGGCAACGCAAGGAAAGUUAUUUGAGGCAGGUGCCCCAAGGUGAGAGGUGGGGGUUGUGGCGGAGGUCACACGGGGACAGCUCCAGAUAAAAAGGGUAAAAGAGACAUUCUGUGCUGUGUCUCAGCUUGGUGAGUGAUCUCAGACAGGUGGGUGGGAAAUCCUGAGCUGCUUGUCAGGCAGUCUCAGCCUCUGUCCUCUUACCUGCUUCUGUCUAAAAUGUCCUUUUGAAAAAUACAACGGGACCCAAAGGUGGUGAUCCUCUUCUAGAGGUCAUGUUUGUUACACCCUCCAGCCACAGGAGGAGUAGACAUAAGGCCCAAGUAGGGGAUCCUGGGGGCUGGACAUCCUUUCUCCCAUUGGAGCAUUUCCGGGGGUGUGGGUGUGAGGUAGCAGCUGGCGAAUGGGGAAAAGUCAAUGGUGCCUGGGAUGUCCUGUUGCCCCUCUUCUUGCCCUGUCUGGAUCAGCAAGGUGGCUAUCCCUGGAAAUACAGCACAGCACACUUGCCCUGGCUCACAACAUCUCCCAGCCUUCCGCACAGACCCUCCAUGCCCUCGGGGAUUCUAGACUCGCUCAUUGUUCUCACUCCUCCUCACUGACAAGGUUUCCCUUUUUUGAAAACAAGUCCUUCUCCUCCUCUUCCUCCUCCUCUUUAGUGUUAGAGCAGAGAUGCUGAUUGCCCCAUUUCAUUGGGAUUGGAUACCCUCCUGUCACUUUCUCAUUUGUCUGCCACUGAUUUGGGGCUGUAUUGCAGGAGCUGGAGGGAUUUGCUCUUGGAGCUGUUGUGACAACACUGAUACUGAUGUUUCUGUUGUCUUAGCUCCCACAAUUGAAUUGCCUGUGACCUGGGUGAUAGAGGGGACGUCUGCCUUUUAUAUCCCAGUAAUAGUAUCACUGCCCUUCCUGUUUGUGCCCUCUGUCCACCAUGGGCUUUGAAUCUGAAAAGGAACAAAAAGAAUUGAAUCAAGGUCAAAAAGAGUGCGACACAAAUUAAUUACGAAUUCUGUCGGCCUCGCCAUGAACUGACUCAGCCUUUAAGACCCAUUUCUAAGUCUUCCCACUCCCCACCUCCUGCUUCUCAGUCCCUGUGGCAAUGGUGGACUCAACUGUCUGCAGGAAGUGUGUGCGGCUGGCUCCUUGGGGACAGAGUGGCUGCAGGGCCUUGGACAUUGUGCAGUGUUCUUGACUAUGUAAAGGGCCCUGGCUGACCCUCUCAGGGCUCCCGCUCCGAGGCUAAUGCCAUCUGCCCGGCUAAUCCACUUUCCGGGCCGCCAGUGUCUAGCGCCAGAGAAUGUCUGUGUCCGUGAGUAUCCUGGUGCCAUUUAAACUGACUCCAGGUUCCUGGGGAUCUGUUUGCAGCCUUUGUUAUCUUUUGGCAGAGCUACCUGUCUAUUCCUUUCUCUUCUUCUCAGUAGUCAGACCACUCAAGUUAAACUUGGUUUAUUAUUUAGGGACCUCCUGGGGAGGAGUUAGAUGCUUAUCCUGAGCACAGAACAGCCAGCUUUCAGGGGUGCAUGUGUGUGGUAUACCAGUCACGUCUCUGUGUGUGUGAGUGCUUCUGGCUGUCUUAGAAGGAUGAGUAGGGGCUGGAUGGAUCUCUUUUGCAGAAGCUGCAGGACCCAAAACAGGUGCACAAGGUCAUUGUCAGAGUCCUCAGACGGCAGGAAAGCAAUCUCCCGGGCAGGCCUCCAGCAUCUGGCUCCUGCACAUCCUCUCAGCCUUCCCGUGGCAAAUGGUCCAGCCAAGGAGCCCAGAGCAACUCUGGACUGGAGUGAGAACGCCGUGAACGGGGAGCACCUCUGGCUGGAGACCAAUGCCUCAGGUGACCUCUGCUACCUGGGAGAAGAGAACUGCCAAGUCCGAUUUGCAAAAUCGGCUCUCAGGAGGAAGUGUGCAGUCUGUAAAAUCGUGGUCCACACCGCCUGCAUCGAACAGCUAGAAAAGAUUAAUUUCAGAUGUAAGCCAACGUUUCGAGAGGGAGGCUCAAGAUCACCAAGAGAAAAUUUUGUGCGUCAUCACUGGGUGCACAGGCGUCGGCAGGAGGGGAAAUGUAAGCAGUGUGGUAAGGGCUUCCAGCAAAAGUUCUCCUUCCACAGUAAAGAGAUCGUGGCCAUCAGCUGUUCCUGGUGCAAGCAGGCGUUUCACAAUAAGGUGACCUGUUUCAUGCUGCAUCACAUUGAGGAACCCUGCUCCCUGGGGGCUCAUGCUGCCGUUAUAGUCCCGCCCACCUGGAUCAUUAAGGUGAAGAAACCUCAGGUGAUCUCCAUACCAGGAGAUGAACUUGAACUUGGUUGGGCGGGAGACGGACCUGGUUGGGCGGGAGACUGGAGCCCCUCAGAGAAUUUGGGAUUCUUCCAUUUUUACUGGGAGGGUUGGCAGAACUCCCUGAAGGCUUCCAAUCGGAAGAAGAAGAGAACAAGCUUUAAAAGGAAAGCCAGUAAAAGAGGAACUGAACAGGAAAACAAAGGUCGUCCUUUUGUGAUAAAACCCAUCUCUUCUCCUCUCAUGAAACCCUUGCUGGUGUUUGUGAACCCCAAGAGUGGAGGAAACCAGGGAACCAAAGUCCUACAGAUGUUCAUGUGGUAUCUGAAUCCACGGCAAGUUUUUGACCUUUCGCAGGAAGGGCCAAAAGAUGCGCUUGAGCUCUACAGGAAGGUACCUAAUCUGAGAAUUCUGGCCUGCGGUGGGGAUGGAACGGUGGGCUGGAUCCUUUCCAUCCUGGAUGAGCUGCAGCUGAGCCCCCAGCCUCCUGUAGGGGUCCUUCCUCUGGGGACUGGCAAUGACCUGGCUCGAACUCUCAACUGGGGCGGGGGUUACACAGAUGAGCCCGUCUCUAAGAUCCUAUGCCAGGUGGAGGACGGGACCAUUGUACAGCUAGAUCGCUGGAACCUCCAUGUGGAAAGGAACCCAGACUUGCCUCCAGAAGAGCUUGAAGAUGGCGUAUGUAAGCUUCCUCUGAAUGUUUUCAAUAAUUACUUCAGCCUUGGAUUUGAUGCUCAUGUCACACUGGAGUUCCAUGAAUCCAGAGAGGCAAAUCCAGAGAAAUUCAAUAGUCGUUUUCGAAAUAAAAUGUUUUAUGCAGGGGCAGCUUUUUCUGAUUUCCUACAGAGAAGUUCUAGAGAUCUAUCCAAACAUGUUAAAGUUGUCUGUGAUGGAACAGAUCUCACCCCAAAGAUUCAGGAACUGAAGUUCCAGUGUAUAGUAUUUUUAAAUAUACCCAGAUAUUGUGCUGGCACAAUGCCCUGGGGAAACCCGGGAGACCACCAUGACUUUGAGCCUCAGCGUCAUGAUGAUGGCUAUAUUGAAGUCAUUGGAUUCACCAUGGCCUCUUUGGCUGCCCUGCAAGUCGGGGGCCAUGGAGAAAGGCUGCACCAGUGUCGUGAGGUCAUGCUUCUAACGUACAAGUCCAUCCCCAUGCAAGUGGACGGCGAGCCCUGUAGGCUGGCCCCGGCCAUGAUUCGGAUCUCCUUGAGGAAUCAGGCCAACAUGGUUCAGAAGAGCAAGAGGAGAACCUCCAUGCCUUUACUCAAUGACAUCCACCAGGUGCAAGCUGCGGACCUGAGGCGAGUGUCUGCUCCCCCCGGCUCCUUCUCCAUUCCCCAGUCUGUCCCAGAUCGCCUGAGGAUCCGGGUGAACAAAAUCAGUUUACAAGACUAUGAAGGAUUCCACUACGACAAAGAGAAACUUCGGGAAGCUUCCAUUCCUCUGGGUAUUCUAGUUGUGCGUGGAGACUGUGAUCUGGAGACUUGCCGUAUGUACAUAGACCGCCUACAGGAGGACUUGCAGUCAGUUUCUUCUGAUUCCCAGAGAGUUCAUUACCAGGACCAUGAAACCUCCUUCCCCAGGGCACUCUCGGCUCAGAGGCUGUCCCCUCGGUGGUGCUUCCUAGAUGCAACUUCUGCUGACCGCUUUUAUCGAAUAGACAGAUCUCAGGAACAUUUGCACUUCGUGAUGGAGAUUUCCCAAGAUGAGAUUUUUAUUCUCGACCCAGAUAUGGUGGUGUCACAGCAGGCGGGGACACCCCCCGGCAUGCCUGAUCUGGUGGUAGAGCAGGCCUCAGGGCUGUCAGACUGGUGGAAUCCUGCCCUGCGGAAACGCAUGCUGAGUGAUAGUGGGCUGGGGAUGAUAACUCCCCAUUACGAGGACUCAGAUAUGAAAGAUUUCAGCCACUCCCGUGUGCUACAGUCACCAGUCUCUUCUGAAGAUCAUGCAAUUUUGCAGGCAGUAAUAGCUGGUGAUCUUAUGAAGCUAAUAGAAAGCUAUAAAAAUGGAGGCAGUCUGCUAAUUCAGGGACCGGAUCACUGUUCACUGCUUCACUACGCAGCCAAAACCGGCAACGGGGAGAUUGUGAAAUAUAUCCUGGACCAUGGACCUUCUGAACUAUUGGACAUGGCAGACAGUGAAACGGGUGAGACUGCACUGCAUAAGGCUGCCUGCCAGCGGAACCGGGCUGUGUGCCAGCUUCUGGUGGAUGCAGGAGCAUCUCUGAGAAAGACUGACUCCAAGGGUAAGACGCCUCAAGACAGAGCACAGCAGGCUGGGGACCCAGAGUUGGCUGCUUACCUCGAAAGCCGCCAAAACUAUAAAAUCCUUGGCCAUGAGGACCUGGAAACUGCUGUUUGACCCUGGUAGAUGGGCCAAGAGGAUGAGCGAGCAAAUCACCUGUGCCCUGCUGGCAGUUGGGCAGCUCCCCUGGAAGAAGAUGAUGGAAUCCAUGUAUCUGUCUGUCUCCUGCAAGAAUCUAUCUGAGACCAUGCCACCAGUUUUUAAGGGCUACCAAGAUGUACAACAGAACAUGAUAGCCCAGUGAGAAGGAGGCAGGCAACCUGGAGAUUUGUGGAAUGCAAGUUCCACAAAAUUUGAUCCUUAUUGCUUCCAGCAAGUAGCAUGAACUUCUGUGUUCACCUGUAUAAUUUAUUUUACAGAUUCAAAGGAUGUUUGUAUAAAAGGCACUGCUCCCUCCUCCCCCAUGCAUUUUCAUCUUUCCCCAUCCCACACAAUUCUACUGUAAUUACCAUCAACUUAAAAAAAUAUGAUAUCUCUUCUCUUUCCAUGCAAUCUUUGAAGACCACAAGAUUGUCUGAAGGUCUUUUAAAACCCCUCUGGCUGUUCUGCAGAAAUAUUACUAUAAAACCACUUCCAUUUCCAAGACUAAAGAUACUGAGACUACUUAGUGACUCUUUGCAUGCCCUCCCCUUCCCCCUCCUGUUUCAUCCUAUAGGAGCUGGAAAGUGCCACAUGGAUAACGUCAACUUGUGGGCUAAUCUCUGAGGCCUGGUGAGGUGGCAUGGGAGCUGUCUGUGCUCAGAGGUACCUCAGAGAGGUCACCCAGGGGUCGGCCCAGGCAGCUGGGCUGUUUGCUGAUAGCCAUGCAGGACGGGUUCAGCUUGGGCUGUUUGUACAGCUCCGUACUGCCUAUGUGUAGCCAUCUUUGCCUUUUGCUGCAAUAGAGAUGAGCAAAGGAUUAAACAAAGGCCCAUAGCUAGUUUGCAGAACCACUCAAUUUCAAGUGCUGUUUAAAUUGCUGGGCAGAAAACCGUGUGGGAACUGUGGUCACAGGAAAUGGAGCACUCUAACAACAUUUAGUUCUAGUCUUUGUUGAGUGAUAAUAGAAAGCAACCUAAUCGACUUGGGGUGGGGGGGGACAGCGAAAGCAGAAGUAGCAACGUAUGUCAAGAUAAUACACUGGAGCAAGAAAACAGUCAUAGGAAUGUUGCACAGAAGCUAAUGACAUAGACUCUUGGAUCCAGUGGUGAGAGGGGGUCCAUUUAAGCUUUUCCUUCUAGGGUUCAUUUUCCUGAUUUCCAGGAAGUCUUGACCCAAGGACAAAGCCUUGUUGAAUGAAUCCCACCCACUUCCAGAUUCCCAGAAUGCCUGGCUCUUUCUGAUGGAUGCUUCAUUUGUUGCUUGUCAGGUUCUGAGCUCAUAGCUGAGAACCCUAUUUCCAAGUAUGGGGUAGUCUAAUAUAUUUCUUUCUCUGCAGGCAGUUCUUGGUGCUGUGGCAAUGUGGGAGUCUAGCCAGAAAUGUCUGGGAGUGGGGGACUCUGUGAUAACUAAAAUAUCAGGAGAAAAAGUCUUCUAACUUUCUGUCCAAAUAUCUACUUGAGUUGGGUGUGAGUCAAAAAUAAACGCAGGUGUCCAAGGGUUUUAUUUUGGCUAAAUCUGGUAUCUUCUGAGCUUCCUCCAUUUUGUUCCUGGACACAACCAAACGCUCCCCUAGUGUUUCUGCAUGUGACCAUUAAUGAUCAUUUCUCUAUGUUUAAUGUUAAGGGCCAGUGGUGACACAUUAUUUGUCUGAAUCACAUCUUGGUCCCAAAUCAUCAUUUUUGAAGUAUGGAUGUAAUAUACUGUAUUUGUUCAGAGCAACCUGUCAGUAGAUGGAAAUUUUAUUUAGCACAGUUUCUCCUUAGUCACUUCAAAACCUAAUGGUUGGCAUCGUUUCCAGCUGUGGGAGAAUGGGUUGGCUAUGAGUAAUCCAUUUCCAUCUAUCAGCCUCAGACCUGGAACUCUCUCUUGGAUUUUACAGUCAGGGAAGGAGGGGUUUCAGUAGAUUGUUUCCAGAAGCUGGGGGAAAAAAUAUAUGCUCUAGGAGAGUUUAAUUACUGGGCUUCUGCAGGGAGUGUUUCAGUUGGUGGGACUGUCAAGGAAACAUUGUGAUGACAGAAAUAUAAUAUAAUCCUUAAAACAGACUGGUAUCUGGCUUUGAAUGGUGCCUUCCAUUCCCUGGAUUGAGCCAGACAUUUGGCCAGGCAGUCAGUUACCCAGCUGCCACUGUUGGGAUAAAGGACUCCAUUUUCAUCAGUUACCAUCUCAGAUUUCUCUGUGAGUGCUUUAAAGCAUCCCAGAGAAAAUUUAGGGCACAGGUGGCCAUGGGCCAAUUCAAACAGCUCCAAUGGAAGACACAAAUAAACCCCUGGUAUGAAGACUGAUGAAGUACUGACCACUGGAAGGGUCCUGGUGCAUCUGGAAACUGUUUAAAAAAAAAAAAAGCAUUAGAGUCCUACAGCAUUGAUGGGGAACAAUAUGUGAGCUAUCUCUUUGAAAAAGCAAACACCUCCAGGAUUUGGGAUUUUAAAAAAAAAGUGAGCAGAACAGCCACAUAUUUACUGGCUUCACUAUUGAAUCUACCUCCUGUGGCAAUUUUUUUUUUUUAUUUGGUUGCCGUGUGUGACAGUUUGGGCUUUAGAAAGAGCUAAAGCCAUAUGGUCUAUGAAUUUCCAUCUCAGCUUAGGUAUUUUGUACCCCCUUUAGUGGGCCAUCAGGCCAGCCAAUGGUCUGGUCCUGGUCUGAAGCCUCACAUAACUUGGACAAAAAUCUGUACCUAUAAAAAUGCUAUUACAAAAAGCCUGCAGGGACAUUUCUGCAAGAAGUGGCCACCUAGCUAGCCAACAUUCCUGUGUUUAAUCCUUUGUGUGUGGCACUGCCCACUCUGUGAUUCCACUUCUAUAUUAGGCCACUAAAGGGAUAGAAAAUGGAGAAUUAUUUAAAGACAACAUUCUAUAACCUUAAAGGUAGUCAUUUUGGGAACCUCAUAUUUCCGUAUUAUGCCAUUAAUGGAAUACAGCACAAUCAAGCUGGGCUUUGUCACAUGCAAGGACUUGAUAAAGAACAGGAUUGCUAAACCAAGAAGGGAUAAGCACCAUAACUUGGAAUUUUGCUUUGAGAUUUCUGGUUACUUCAACAGAGGCCAUGACUGAAAACUAUUGCAAGUUCUGAGACGGAAUUUAGCUGGUGAAUGCCCAGCUGUGAGAUUGCUCAUGACUGUGACAGCCUCUAUGCUCCAUUGCUGCAUACCUUUCAUAAUUGCUGCAGAUCUAUGAGUGUUAUAAGGCAUUCAACAGGUAGUUCCUUUUCAUUUGGACCUGGUAACAAUCCCUUGAGUAAAUGAUUUCUGAAAUGUAAUUACUAGAAUCCCCAUGAUAUUCAUGUCUUAGAAAAUGUGGGGCAACAGUUUCAUUUUGUGACAAGUUGAUUUUAUUAACAAUAUUUAGAUUUCUUUUUUAUUUAUGACAGUAGCACAUGCUGUUUGUAACAAGUUAUAAUAGCACAGAGGAGUAUCCCCUGCUGUGUCAAGGCAUCUGUCCCUCUGUACUGGUGUCCUGUCUCAGUCCCCAGAGAGAAACGUUGUUAACGUUGAUAAACAUGGUUGCCUGUAUGUUGCAUCAUAAACACCCUGUUCACAUACUCAUAUAUGCAUAUACAAAUUCACACAUGCAUACAGAAAUAUAUUUAUUUGAAUAUAUAUGUGUAUACACACACCUACAUAUAUUGCAUAGAUUUAAAAAUAGAAAACAAUUGAAAAGCAUGACAGUCAUCUGUAUAUGUACAGUUAACACCAAAAGGCAAAGAGAGAGAAGAUAACAGAAUUUUCAUUUAUUUUUUGUUUCCAACAUGACUGAGCUUAGUUCUUGUCACCACAUCACUACAGUUACAUGUGACAUUUACUAUUGGCUGUGUCAUAAAAUCCAUGACCAAGAGUCUGACAAUUAUUUAUGUUGAUGUCCACAAAACACAGAACUUGCCUCAGCCCUGAGGCUGGUCUUUGCUAUUUUAAGGUCUCAAAUAGAUAAAGGAGAGUUCUUUCCUCUGAGGCACACUCCACUUUAUAAGGCUGAGUUUACAAGACUAUCUCUCCAUAGGUUGCCUAAUGGUAUUUGAUUAGGGCAAGCUAUUGGCAAGAAAGGGGAGUAACUUGGAUAUGGUCUGGAGUCUGACCAGUUUGUCUUCCAGUAGGAGUAGCUAAUGAAAUCACUAAGAACAGUAUGAUAUUUUAUUUAAUUAUGCUAUUUAAAAAUAAAAAUAGUUCUUUGUUAAAAUGGCUCAUCAUAAAACUACUAAUUGCUCUACUUAACUAAAUUAUGUUCAUUUUAGGAAAAAAAUAGAAGAACAUCUAUUAAAUGAGCUCUCUGAUUACUCUUUAACAUUUAUCUAAUAUAAAAGCCUCUACCCACAUCUCGGGAGACUCACCUUUGAAUCCUCAGUGCUUCUCAGCUGCAACAAUAAUUUUGCCACCCAUCUGCCAAAAUCUUCGCCAGAUAUUAUGAUCAGAAGGGCUCUAAAUGAAAUUUCCUUUUAAGGCAAGUAUCCAUGUUGCCCAAAGGACAAGUACAUGUCCACUGGCCUUGUCAUCCUAUAGACCUGCAACAAUCCUGAUAGUGGGACAUAAUCCGUGAGGCUCAGCACAUUUCUUUCUUGUCCUAUAAGAGCUCACAAUCAUAGCUGUUGUUUCCACACACAGUGGUAUAGACAACAUGUCCCCUUGACACAUGGGUCCUAUAUGUGUUGUAGCUCUAAUGGCCAUCCAUGGAUUUUAGGCCGUCUCUCAUAGUUUAAUGGGAAACCUAGAAAAGAAAUAAGCAAGGAAUAGUGCAUUGGACAACUUAUUCUCCCAGGACAUGAGAUUUAUUAAACUGGUCCCCAGAAGAAAGCAGAAUAAUCCUUAGGGCAUUAAAUCAAUUAUUUUAAAGUAGAAGCUUGAAUAUGAGAUGGCGUGUCCAUGAUGGAUAGAUUCCUUUUCUGUUUACAUAUUCCCUUAUGCAUGCAAUUAUAUGUUCACAAAUCA